AGAGAAGAGUGUGAGGAGGGAGGGGAGUGGGGGAGAAUUGGUUUCGGAGGAAGGUCCCGGGAAGAGCGGAGAGCUGGUGAUCCAGAAAUAUCCCGGAGGGAGAGGGACCGGGGGAGAAUUGGUGACGGAGAAAGGUCCGUGGGCAGAGGCGAGCGUGAGGAGGGAGGGAGCAAAGUCAGGGAGAGAGAAGCAAAGUAAGUUUUGAGUUCAGGAAAGUUAAGGAUAGAGGGAAGAGAAAAACAAAGGGAACGUGUAAAGCCGAGAGGGAGGAGGAGGAGGAGAGAGCGAAGGGAGGGGACGGGCGAACUAGCGAGGCCCGGCCAUGGAAGCGGCCUCGGCCCUGGACAAGGCUCCGGCCGAGCUCUCGGUCACCGACGUGUACGACAUCGCGGCGCUGGUCGGCCAGGAGUUCGAGCGCAUCAUCGACUCUUUCGGCUGCGACGCCAUCGCCAAGCUGCUGCCCAAAGUGGUUCGGGUGCUGGAGAUGCUGGAGGAGCUGGUGAGCCGCAACCGCAGCAACCCCGAGCUGGAGGAGCUGCGGCUGGAGCUCGGCCGCCUGCGGCUCGAGAGGACCGAGCGCAUCGAAAAGGAGCGCAAGCACCAGCAGGAACUGGUCCUGGUGGAGGACGUGUGGCGAGGUGAAGCACAGGAUCUGUUGUCUCAAAUUGCACAGCUUCAGCAGGAGAACAAGCAGCUGAUGAAGAACCUCUCCCAGAAAGACGGUCAUUUUACUGAUGAAGACAUCCUCAAGCAGGAAGCCGGGAUGUCAGAGAGGGAGCGGCUGGUGAUGAAGAAGCUGAAGGAGGUGGUUGACAAGCAGCGUGAUGAGAUUCGAGCCAAAGAUCGAGAACUGACACUGAAGAAUGAAGACGUGGAGGCAUUGCAGCUGCAGCAGAACCGUCUGAUGCGGAUUAACCACGAGCUGCGGCACAAGAUGUCGGUGAUCGACGCGCAGGGCAAGGGGCUGAUCGAGCAGAAGGUGGAGCUGGAGACUACGCUGCAGACCAAGGAGCAGGAGAUGGGGAACAUGCGUGUGGAGAUCGGAAAGCUGAGGGAGAGGUGCCGGGGGCAGCCCACGCACAAUGGAGAACAGGGAGGGCAGACUGAGGUCCUGGGUGAGGAGGACACGCAGUCAGACAAGACGCCAACGGACCUGAAUGACCCAAACCGCCCACGUUUCACGCUGCAGGAACUGAGGGAUGUUCUCCACGAACGCAACGAGCUAAAGGCCAAACUCUUCCUGCUACAGGAGGAGAUGGCAUUCUACCGCAGUGAGGAACAGGAGGAAAACACGGGCUCUUCGAACUCUGCGCCUGCGCCCUCACCUCCGCCUCAGCCCAGGGCAGCCACCCAUCCUGAAUCUGGCAUCCGCAGGCUAUUUAAUUUAUUUUCGCGGGACAAGCGGACAGAGAAUCGCCUACGACAAGCUGGAACUUGGGGGAUUUCCGAACAGGAAGGGAUUCUCACGGAACAGGGCCAAGAGGCGCUGCAGCAUCUAUAAAUAUAACCCCAGAUUUGUCAGGCGUGUAUAACCCACCCGGCAGUUCAAAAAAAUCCAAAAGCCACUUUGCUUCAUUUCAGUUUUGAGAAGAACUGAUAACUGACUCUGUUCACACAUCUAACCGAAUGAGUGGUUGGAGACAAUGUUUUGCGCCGGUGAAUUGUUGUAAUCUAAUCUCUAACCUGUGUUGGGAAAAGGUUAAUUAGUGUGAUCUGAUGGCUUUGGAAUUGUAACAAUACUUUCUAAUCUGCAGUGUUAUAUACCAAACCCAACAGCUUUUUACCUCUGAAUUAUACAGCUUCUGCCUUCUAACCAUGUGAUAGGUGAGGACUUGCACUGUCUUUCUUACGUUACACAUAGACAUUUUGGGAUCUCUACAAAGGGACUUCAGGGACGUGUCCAGAGUUCCUGGGUGAUUAGGAGAAACUGAAUUAUAAUUUUUCAGCAGUCUCUUUUGCCCUGGUCAUUUGAAUCAAAGUGAGGUUGUCAGCUGUCAGUGUUAACUCUGAUUAGGAGAAGCUGGUUUUUGUGAUACCCAGGAUAUCCCGUGUGUGCACCCAUUCAGCUGGUGUCUGCAGGCUGACGACUGAGAGAGAAGCCAGAGUAAAUUCAGCAGACGAACCUGUGGAAAACCACACUGGCAGUUGGCAACUUGGGUCAGCUGGACUCUUCAGAUUCGGAUUAAUUCAGCCUUUUCCAAAGAUGUUGGAUGGGACUACAACUAGGCGUCAUGGGUUAAGGGUGAAAGGUGAAAAGUUAAAGGGAACAUGAGGGGAAACGUCUACAUUCAGAGGGUGGUGGGAGUGUGGAUCGAGCUGCUGGUGCAAGUAGUGCAUGCAAGCUCAAUUUCAAUGUUUAAGAGAAGUUUGGAUAGGUACAUGGAUGGUAGAGGUAUGGAGCACUAUGGUCCCAGUAGGCAGUUUUGAAUGGUUCAGCAUGGACUGGAUGGGCCGAAGGGUCUGUGUAUACGCCAUACUUUUCUGUAACUAUGUACAUUGAAACUUGCAGUGAAAUGCAUUAUCUGUGUUCACAACCAAUACAACUUCAGGGUGUGCUGGGGGCAGCCGUCAAGUGUCUCCACACAUUCUGGCAUCAACACAGCAUGCCCAUGAUGUUCUGUUGGCAGGGAUGCUCCACGCUAAACCUGAAGCAGAUUAAAGCAGUGGUUAGAUUUGUCCCCAUUAACUCUAGAAACAAAAUAGCCCCUUUUCAUGAUUUAGCACGUGAUUCUUCAUGCCCCUGAAUAAAGUCAGCGAAAUAUUUGGUGCUGUAACUACAUUCUCGUGUGGUAUUCCCUAGCUGGAGAGCAUCUUGCAGUGCGACCCCCUUACACUGAUUUUCUUUGGGUAUGUUCAGACAGAUAGUGACUGCAAUGCAGUGCUAGUGAGUGAGUGUGUGAGUAGAUGUUGAACCUGUGUGUCAAGCCAGGCUGUUCAAAGUUUGCAUAGAUCUAGUUGGUGAUAAAGAUUGUCCAUUCUGAGUGCCAAGUGGGCAAAUUGUAAGCAGAUAUUUCUUCCUUUUACCUUUCUCCCAUGGUCCACUCUCCUAUCAGAUUCCUCCUUCUGCAGCUGUCACCUCCCAGCCUUUUAAUUCACCCCCAUCCCCCACCCAUUGGCUUCACUUACCACCUUAUAGUUCCCCUCACCCCACCACCUUAUUCUGGCAUCUUCCCCCUUCCUUUCCAAUCCUGAUGAAGUGGCUUGGUCGGCCGGAAACAUUGACUGUUUACGCAUUUCCAUUGACGCUGCCUGACCUGAGUUCCUCCAGUGUGUGUUGCUCUGGAUUUCCAGCAUCUGCAGAAUCUAUUGUGUUUAAUCCUGAGCACAACUUUGAUUUUGCACGCUUCUCUUCAGAGCACGAUGUUUCUGUUUCUCUCUUUCUCCUCCUCCCCCUCUCUCUCCCUCUCCACAGAAGCUGCCUCACUGGCCGACCGGACAAUUCAGUUCCUGUUUUUUUUCAGGUUUACAACAAUUGUCUUUUUUUCCUGCUUUUCAAUUAAUAUAUUCAAACCACUAACAUUUCACCAGUUAUUCAUGAGAAAAUGGAGGUCCUGAAUUUCUGUCACCGAAUGCGGACAGAGCUGACCUUCACUGGGUGGUUGUACAUUUGCUAACUGCUUCAUGAGCUCUUGGCUCUAAUUUUGUGCCUUUAAUGUUCCUUUUGAUUCAGCAUGGACUCUCUCGCGCUCUCUCUCUCUCUGCCCCGCGCGCGCGCUCUCUCUCUCUCUGACCCCCUCGCGCAUGCUCUCUCUCUCUCCCUCUCUCCCCCUCUCUCUCCCCUUCUCUGUCCCCCUCCCCCUCUCCCCUCUCUCCCCCUCCCCCCUCUCCCCCCCUUUCCCCCCUCCCCUCCCUCUUCCCUCCCCCUCUCCCUCUUCCCUCCCCCCUCUCCCCUCCCUCCCUCCCUCUCUCUCCCCUGUAACGCGCUCUUUCAUUUUUGCCAAAGUAAUUGUUAAGUAUUAAGUAAAGUCUGACUGCUGAAUAAAAUUCAGUGUAACCUUUUAGUCUCAGUUCGGAGUGUUUCUCUGUCCAGUAAAUAUCAUGUGUUUCAUUGCAAAUCUCUGGACUCCUGUAACCAUGGAGUCAUCCUUCCAAAGGAAGGCGCCAGUUGACUUUCUGAGUCAGCGUUAUGUAAGAUGGCCAUUAAUGUUCCUUCAUCUCUGGACAGCAACUCCCUCAUCACUUUGUGGAAUCAGCCAGGGUUUAUCACUUAAUAAUCCAUCUUCUCCCUGAAAUUUUUUGUUCUAGAAAUAUUUCACAAGUAAAUUGUUAAAUAUACAACCUUCAGAUUCAUUUUCUUGUGACCAUAUACAGCCGGGGUGUCAAACUCAUUUUAGGUCACGGGCCGGAUUGGGCAAAAUGCAGCUUCAUGCGGGCCGGAUCAGUCGGGCGCGUGCGAACACAGCUUUCUUUGCCUCCGUUUUUUCAGCCUGUUCUCUUGUGUCUCAGUCUCUGCUAUAACUACAAAGUGUUUCACUUCACAAAUUCCGUUUCUUAUGAAGAAGACUGCUGAGCAAGCAUUAUUUUUAUGAUUGGUAUUAACUUACAAUCAUAGGCUUCAUAUCGCCGGGCCAUUAAUAAUUAAAAUAAUAGAUCUAUCUAAAAUGAUCUCGCGGGCCGAAUAUAAUUGUACGCCGGGCCGAAUAUGGCCCGCGGGCCUUGAGUUUGACACCUAUGAUAUACAGUAUAAUAAAUCUAUGGAAUAAUGUUAAACCAUUUUUAACGAAAGACUGCCCAACUAGGGCAUUCAACCAGAGUGCAGAAGGCAACAAGUUGCAAAUACAAAAGUAAGAAAUAUUAAAUAAAUAAACAGUAAAUAUUGAGAACAUGAGAUGAAAAGUCCUUAAAUGUGAGUCCUUUGAUUGUGGGACUGUUUCAAUGGUGGGGUGAGUAUACAGGUAUUCCCCUUCUGUUCAAGAGCCUGAUGACUGAGGGGUAGUAACUGUUCCUGAACCUGAUGGUACAAGUCUUGAGGCUCUUGUGCCUUCUACCUGAUGGCAGCAGUGAGAAGGGAGCAUGUCCUGGGUGGUGGAGAUCUCUGAUGAUGGAUGCUGCUUUCCUGCGACAGCAUUUCCUGUAGAUGUGCUCAAUGGUGGGGAGGGCUUUACCUGUGGUGUACUGGGCUGAAUCCACAACCUUUUGUAGGAGUUUCCAUUCAAAGGCAUCGGUGCAGCCAAUCUCCACCACACAUCUAUAGAAGUGUGUCAAAGUUUUAGGUGUCAUGCUGAAUCUCCAGAGACUAAAGGAAGUAGAGCUGAUGCCAUGCUGGGUCCAGGACAGGUCUUCUGAAAUGGUAACACCUAGGAAUUUACAGUUUCUGACCCUUAGGUGGGUGGGAAUUGAUGUUCCUUCGUCUCUGGUGAGCAACCCCCUCAUCACUUGUGAAAUCUGCCAGGCCUAAUCGCUUGGUAGUCCAUGCAUCUUCCUGUAAUUUUUAAGAACUCAAAGUACAUUUAUUAUCAAAGUAUAGAUGUAGUACACAACCCUGAGAUUUGUCUUCCCACAGACAGCCACAAAACAAAGCAACAACAUGGAACCCAGUUAAAGAAAACAUUAAACACCCCCAACAUGCAAAAAAAAGUCACGCAAAUGGCAAAAAUAAAACAAGUUGAAUAACACACAAUAUAAACCACAGGGUCCUUGAAACAGUCAAGGAAUAUUCAGUUUAGUUCCGUUUUCAGUGUCUACAAUACAGCCUAUUUUAAAAACAUUUGCAGGGUUACUAACCAUGUUCCCAUCCAAAUCUGUGGAUUUUUUUUAACUGGGAGAAAGUUUUUUAAAAUCUGAGGUGCAAAGGGACUUGGGAGUCCUUGUGCAGGAUUCCCUAAUUUUCAGGUUCAGUCAGUGGUGAGGAAGGCAAAUGCAAUGUUAACAUUCAUUUUGAGAGGAUUGGAAUAGAAAUAAAAGGGAGUGUGGAUGGUUCGAAGAUGAUAUCUGUGUGGUUACAUGAAUCAGAAAGGAGAUGUUGGCCUCGAAGGGAGGGUAACACCCAGGUCCUGGGGUAGAAAGAGUUAAAUUACAAAGAUUAACAUUCUACUCUGUUUAAAGUCGGAGGAGCAAACAUUCGUUUUCUGAUCAAUGAUUUGGGACAUGGUGCCACUGGUGGUUGAGGCAUUUACUGUCCAUCCUAACCCAUCCUUGAGGAGGUGAGCCUGGAGGCCCCUGGUCUGUCCCUUUAAUGUCCACACACAGUGUCCCAGGUGGAGGAGGUUCCGAAGAGUCCUCGAGCUAAUGUGAGUGAAUGGUCACUUCAACAUUCGGAUCAGACCCAGAAAAUGUGCAGUUUGCUUUGAGAAUCGGCUAUGGCCUUGUGGGAGUGGAGGUUGAUGUGUCUGAGCAGAGACGGGGGCUUCGCCGGUGAUACGGUGACUGCAGUACUGAGGGACUGCUGCACCAUCAGGGGAGGUGUUGCGUAAAUCGAGGCUGAGACGCCAAGCAGGCAGCUCUCCCCAGUGAACUGUUCAACUCCCAUCUGCAGAAAUAGUUGUUACUGUCUGUGGGAUUGUACAAAUACAAAAAGCAAUAAUAAAUAAAUAGGCAAUAACUGUUGAGAAUAUGAGAUGAAGAGUCCGUGAAAGUGAGUCCAUAGGUUGUGGGAAACACUUCAAUGAUGGGGCAAGUGAAGUUAUUCCCUCUGGUUCAAGAGCCUGAUUGUUGAGGGAUAAUAACUGAAUCUGGUGGUGUGGGUCCUGAGGCUCCUGUACCACCUUCCCAAAGGCAGCUGUGAGAAAAGAUGGGGGUCCCUGAUGAUGGGAGCUGCUUUCCUGCAACGGCUCAUUGUAGAUGUGCUCGAUGGUGGGGGUGUUUUACCCAUGAUAGGCUGGGCCGUAUCCAGUGCUUUCCUGCAACAAUGUUCCACGUAGAUGUGCUCGAUGGUGAGGAGGGCUUUACCUGUGAUGGACUGGACCAAAUCCACAACUUUUUGUAGGGUAUUCCAUCACAGGCACAAGUGUUAAUACCUGAAUUAUACCAAUAUAACCAUUGGGGGACAUACAGAAAUUGUAGCCACUCUACAGACUGACAUACUAAGUAGUACACAUAUGUAAGAACUACUUAAAAUACAAGUAGAUACUCUUAAUUAUUGGUGAACUGCAAAGAAAAUAACAGUUAAAUUAAACAGUUGGAUCCAACUCUCCCAUGUUACGUCUGUGAUGACAUUGGCUGUGAUAGAGUACAGGAGCAGAGACCAAUUCCCACCCUGUCUGCACAGGCCCAGCAGUAAAUACUGUAGUCCCCAUCAGCCAGAACCUGGUGUGUGACAACAUUGAGAAGGAAUUGGAGUCCCAAAGUGAAAAGUAGUUGGAAUAUUGUUGUCAGUUCUGGAUGCUGCCUGGAUUAGAGAACAUGCCUUCUGAGGAAAGGUUGAGCAAGCUCAGGCCUUUCUCUUUGAAGCUUAGUGCAACAAGAUGAUAAGAGGCAGAGGUAGAGUGGACAGCCAGCUCCUUUUUCCUCAGGCAGAAAUGGCUAAUACAAAGGGACAUUUGAGAUGACAUCUAAAACAUUGACAAGCUUCUAUAGAUGUGUAUUGGAGAGUAUAUUGACUGCAUCACAGCCUGGUGUGGAAGCACCAAUACCCUUGAAUGGAAAAUCCUAUAAAAUGUAUUGGAUACAGCCCAGUGCAUCACCAUUGAGCACAUCUACAUGAAGCACUAUCACAGGAAAGCAGCACCCAUCAUCAGGGACCCCCAGCACCCAGGACAUGCUUUCUUCUCUCUGCUGCUGUCAGGGAGGAGGUACAGGAGCCUCAGGACUCACAACAGCAGGUUCAGUAGGAGUUAUUACCAUUCAACCAUCAGGAAGAAGAUACAAAGGCCUCAGGACUGUCAGCACCAGGUUCAGGAACAGUUAUUACCCCUCAAGAUUCAGACUCUUGAACCGGUGGGCAUAACUUCACUUUCCCCAUCAGUUAAAUGCCCCACAACCCAUGGACUCACUUUUAAGGACUCUUCAUCUCAUCUCCUCGAUACUUAUUGCUUAUUUAUUUACUAUUUUUCUUUCUUUUUGUUUUUGCACAGUGAUUGAACGCCCACGUUGGUGCAGCCUUUCAUUGAUUCUGUUAUGGUUAUUCUAUUGAUUUACUGUGAGAAAAUGAAUCUCAGGGUUGUAUAUGUACUUUGAUAAUAAAUAGACUUUGAACUUU